AUGAAAGCAGUCGUGACCAAGGACAAGGACGUGUACGUCGACCGGGCCCGCCCGCUCCCCAAACUCCGCGACGACUACAUCCUGGUCAAGACCGUGGCCGUGGCGCUCAACCCGACGGACUGGAAGCACGCGGCGUUCGGGCUGGCCGCCGACGGCGGUCUCUUGGGCUGCGACUUCUCGGGCGUCGUCGAGGAGGUCGGCCCCAAAGUCACCAAGCACUACUCCAAGGGCGACCGGAUCGCGGGCGUCGCUCACGGCGGCAACUACGUGCAGCCCGAGGACGGGGCUUUCGCCGAGUAUGUGGUGGCCAAGGGCGACGUUCAGCUUAAGAUCCCGGACAGCUUGGGCUUCGCCGAGGCGGCCACCAUGCCCCUGGGUAUCACGACGGUGAUGCAGGGUCUGUAUCAGAAGGCGUUGAAGUUGAACUGGCCGACCGACCCGGUCAAGGAGAAGACGUUUAUUCUGAUCUAUGGCGGGAGUAGCGCGACGGGGGCGCUGGGUAUUCAGUUUGCGAAAUUGUCCGGCUACACCGUAAUCACGACAUGCUCGCCCCGCAACUUCAGCUACGUGCAAUCCCUCGGCGCCGCCCACGCCUUCGACUACAACGACGCCGCUUCGCCCUCCAAAAUCCGCGACCUGACCUCCAACACGCUCAGACUGGCCUGGGACACGAUCAGCGAAAAGGGCUCGCCGCAGUUCUGCGCCGACUCUCUCUCCACCGAGAGCGGCGGCGGCGGCGGCGGCUUGAAAUACGGCUCCAUCCUCGACGCCAAGUGCCCCCGCGACGACGUCGAGAGCACCAGGACGCUCAUGUACACCAUCUUCGGCGAGCCAUUCAGCUUCGGCAAGACGCAAAUCCCCGCCGUCCCCGAGGAUUUCGAGUACACCAAGAAAUUCCUGGCCAUGGUCGAGGGGUUGUUGAAGGACGGGAAACUGAGGCCGCAUAAGGAGAAGGUCGGUAAGGGUGGGCUCGAGGGCGUGAUCAAGGGCAUGGAGGAUCAGAAGAAUGGCAAGGUCAGUGGUGAGAAGUUGGUGUAUUUGGUCGAGGAGACGCCAUGA